AGAAAAAUCUUUCUAAAACGAUUGUGUGAUUACAAAAAAAGAAAAAAGAAAAAAGAAAAAAAAGACCACGAAAAAAUUUACACCCUCUCAAAAUUGAAAUACAAUCCCCAAAAAACAAUAAUCGAAAAACAAACUACUCCGGAGUCCGUAGUACAUGACUUUGCCCCUGAUUUCACUCUCUCUUACAAAUCCAGCCACCACAGACUGCCGUUGCUAUCGCCGUACUACAAUCUUGCUCCGCUCUAAUUGUUAGUGAUUCGUCUCAUCUGCCGCCAUUGAAGGCUUCCGCUUAAUUCUUCUACAGGUUAAUGGCAAAAUUAAAAAAGAGAAGACUUGCUGAAGUAGCUUCAGGACAAGCUGCUGAAGCAGCAUCAGGACAAGCUGCUGUAGUAGCAUCAGGACAAGCUGCUGUAGUAGCAUCAGGACAAGUUGCUGAAGUAACAUCAAGACAAGGUGUUGAAAUGACGUCAGAACAAAUUGCUCAAGUAAUUGCUGAAGUAACGUCAGGACAAGUUGAAAUAGCGUCAAACUCAGACUCAGCUUCUGACUCAGACUCUGAUCAUGAGAAUACAAGGGGUCGUACUGUACUUGCAACGGUAAGGAAGGUCAUUCAGAAAGGGGAGAAAAUUCGCUUGGAUUGGAAUGCAGCAAAAAUUCCUUGUGGGGAUCACCGACCCAUUUUUGCCACAUUAAUUGGUGUAAUUGUACGUGAGCGAGUUAGCAUCACCUAUGAGGAGUGGUCCCAUGUUCCAGCAGAAGUCCUGAAUGAAGUGUAUGAUGACAUUACGAAAGGAUUCAUUGUUUUGCCUGAUCGAAGAAAAUGGAUUUUAAGGCGAGCUGCUGAGCGAUGGAGAGCUUUUAAAGCUAGAUUGGUGAAGAAUUACCUGUACAAAAGGUCUGGAAUGAUAAGAAAGAAGGUGCCAUUAAAAUAUUCCUUUAUAUCUCAAAAUGAUUGGGAAAAGUUCACUGCAUAUUGUACUAGUGAUAAGUUUAAGGAAUUGAGUGAAAGGAACCGAGAAAAGGCAAAUAUGAAGACAUCAAGGUACCGAGGGGGGCGAAAAGGGUACCAGCAUUUUGAACAAGAGAUUGCAAAAGAAUUCGAAGCGCAGGGGAUCCACAUUGAUAAGGUGCCUCGACAUUUGACUUGGCUUAAAGCUCAUGAAAAUAAAGCAGAUCAAACCUAUGCACCCGGUGAUAUGGAAAUCGCUGAAGCAAUUAAAACCCUAGAUGCCCAAGCUAAAAAAGGUGAUUUGUCUGCUACGGGCCGAGAUGAUAUUCUAGCAAAAGUAUUGAAGAAGCCUGAGCAUGGUGGUUGUGUUAGGGGUGUUGGAUCAGGCAUCUCGAAUAAGGAGUAUUUUGGGUUUGCUGGGAGACCAAAAGUUGGUCAAAUGCUGGAUCAAAUUCAAGCAUUGCAAUCUCAAGUGACAAGAAUGGCAAACAUGCAAAAUUUUAUGAUGGCUUAUUUCAUGGCAUGUAACCAACCGGCUAUCAUGCAGCCCAACCCAGAGCAAAUGAGACAGCUCAUGGCUGGUGGAUCCGGGUUUGGCUUUGGCCAAUCUAAUGGUAACAAUAGCCAAUCUGGCCAAUUUGGUGGUUUGGGCGGGCAAUUUAGUGGAUCAAGUGGUCCAUGGGGUGGCUUUGGUCAGCUUAACCCAUUUGGGAAUGGUAGCCCAUUCGGGAGUGGUGGCCCAUUCGGGAAUGGUUUCCCAUUUGGGAAUGGUGGCCCAUUUGGAAGUGGUGGCCCUUUUGGGAAUGGUGGCCCAUUUGGGAAUGGUGGCCCAUUUGGGAAUGGUGGCCCAUUUGGAAGUGGUGGCUCAUUUGGGAAUGGUGGCCCAUUCUCUGGUAAUGGGCAAAAUGUGCCUGAUCCCUUGGUUUCUUCUGAGCCUCAGGCCCUCCAUUGUGACCCACUGGUUUCUUCUGAGCCUCAGGCCCGCCUCCAUGUUGAGCUUGAGAAAAGCUGUGUCCCUGAGUCCCAGACAGUUGCAAAAAAAGGCCGAACUUUAAGAACGAGAAGAAAAAAAAGCUAGUAUCUUAGCCCUUCAUUGGUGACCAGACUUUUCACGAGAUUGUGGAAACUCAACCCAGUCACCCACCUUUCAACUGCAGUCGCUGACAAGGUUCGGGGAUUUGUUGGUCUAGUACAAACAAGCUUGAACAUCUUUUUCAUUAUUUUGAAUACUUAAUUUGUAAUAUUGUUUUUUUUAAAAGAAAUAUUAUGGACUUUGGGUUUGUAGAUCAUUUUGAAUUGGUGGUAAUGGAUAUUAGCUGUGUGAUGAAUGCAGAAUUGUGGUUCAGAGUA